GCCGCGACUACACGCACGUCACGGUCACUCCGCGCAAGCGCGCUACAUCGCGCCCACCCCAUUGACAGUGACGUUUCUAAGCAUGACAUUCGCGUUUCCCGUGUGAUUGAAUAAAUAAAAUAAAAAUCAACAGUGAUCGUGCUAACAGUGUAUUUAUGUUAUUAAGGAUGGGUUUCGGCUAGGACCAUGAUGCGUAAAGGGCCCGUUUCGGGCGGUGAAUUCGCGCUGGACGCUGCAGAGUGCAUUUCGCUACAGCAGAUCCUGCAGGCGUUCAACUCGACCAUAAGCGAGGAGCAUGCCUGGGCGCUGGCCUACCAGGCGGCGAGGUGCUUCCAGAAGUGUCUGGCUGAUGGGAACACUUGUUACCUGGUGACGGAACCAAGACACGUGCUGCUGCAUAAGGAUGGCUACGUGCAUCCGAAUACGCUGGUACAACCUGGAGAUGACAGCAGCCGGGAGGAGGUCACGUCGGAACAACAGUUGGUGGUGAACCUGGCGCUGGCCAUCUACCAUGCGCUGGACUACACCCACUCGGAGGACGAGGAGCGGCUCAUCUCGCCAGACCUUGAAGGGCUCAUCACCGAGAUGACGGCUUGCGAGGCGCCUGAUGACGAAGAAGAGCUCGGUAUCCUAUCCGAAGGUUCAGAGACAUCAGAAGGCGGACGCGCGGACACAGACGACGAAGGCAUCGAGCGAGACGCGGAUCCAGCGCCACGCCGCCGGCGGCGACGGCGGUUCAUGCUGCGAGAUGUUGUUGAGCGUUGCGUCUGGCACUGCGGCGGCGGCCAUCGCUCCCGCGACACAGCCGCGGCGCACUAUCGCGCUGUGUGCCGCGCGUUGGUCGCGGAGGCUCUGGAGCUGGCGUCCUUCCUCGCGCGGGUGCGCGUCGGCGGCGCCAGGGACCUGGGCGCCGCUGAGGAGUCCGUCACGCACCUGGAUACCCUGCAGUUCUCUGAUUGGGCGCGGUUUUGGAUGCAAGUCAUCGGAGAGUUGAGAAUGGGUGUUAAGUUAAAGAAAGUCAGUUAUUCACGGACACCAAUCGAGUACGAGUUGACCCCGUACGAGAUCCUCAUGGAUGAUAUCAGAUCCAGGAGAUAUACUUUAAGAAAGGUUGACGGCGCGAUACCACCGAGUGUAAAGAAAGACGCACACGCAAUGAUUCUCGAAUUUAUUAGAAGUAGGCCGCCACUAAGAAAGGCAUCAGAACGCAAACUACCCCCACCACGGCGAGAAGCGACCCCUCGGGAGAAGCUGCUGGCCUCCAUCCAGGUCGGCAGGCAGCUCAGGCCCACGCCCUACUCCAGGAGAUUAUACCAUCGCUCCAGAACAAGCUUAGUCACCUAGCCCUCAAAGUGUCCUAUCCUUACAACCCUCGAAAUUAUUUGGCUACGAAAAUGUGAAACCUUUUUUGGACUUGGACAAAUUUCAAGAGUAUUGAUUGCGUUUUAAAACAUAUGUGAGUUUAAUA